GAGUUUAUUCAAAGAAAACCAGUCCCAGAUCUCACUCUUUAGCAGCAGCAAAAACCCUAGCCGGAGCAGACGAGCCCAGAGCCACCCAAUAUCCUCUCCCUUCCUCUAAGGAUCAAGAAGCAAUCCGGAAACAAUGACUUUCAAGCGCAGGAAUGGCGGACGCAACAAGCACGGCCGUGGCCAUGUCAAAUUCAUCCGCUGCUCCAACUGUGGCAAAUGCUGCCCCAAGGACAAGGCAAUCAAGAGAUUCCUUGUGAGGAACAUUGUUGAGCAAGCCGCGGUCAGAGACGUCCAAGAAGCCUGCGUCUACGAUCAAUACACUCUGCCAAAGCUUUAUGCUAAGAUGCAGUACUGUGUUUCCUGCGCGAUUCACUCGCACGUCGUCAGGGUCCGAUCUCGCACUGAUCGGAGGAACCGAGAACCACCACAGCGCUUCUUGAGACGCAGGGACGAUGCGCCAAGGGCUGGUCAGCCUGGGAACCGACCUGCUGGGGUGGGGAAUCCGGCUCGCACAUGAACAAGGAAAUAGUUUUGCGAUGUGUAGUAAUGAGCAGCUAAAUUUUUUGCGGGUCUCAAUUUUGUUUAGGAAUUUUUUGAUAGACAACUAUCUAGUUGAUCUUACUUCAAUUGUUGUUUUCUAUUUUUGGUUAAGUUUUGUGAACCACUCUUUGGUUGAAAGUUCUAUAGGAUUACUCA